AUGGAGUCUUACGGAAAUGUUUUCGAUGAAGAAUGGGUGAAUCUAAGCUCGAUGUUCUCUUGUGAACAAGAUUCAGAUCAUUUCAUAGGCCAUGGAUUGUUCUCAAGUGAACAUGAUCAUGGUAUGAGUCUUGAAACUUCAAUUCUUUGGCCCGAUAAUGCCAAUGAGUCUAAUAGUUGUAGUUCAUCUGAUCAUGAUCUUAAAUCCAACUAUUAUUCCCAAGAAAGUAGCAAUGCCACAAACUCCCCUACCUACCCGUGCCACGAUAUUUUCCAAGUUUGUCCUUCUAGUACACUUAUGCACAACGUAUCUGAUCAAUGCGAGGAUCUAUGCAUGAUGGAAGGUGAUACUAGUAGCAAUUUCUUGUUACUAGCUCAAGUUUUUUCUGACGAGGCAAUGGAAGAAAUUCUUGGUUUGAAACAAGAUGAAGUGGUGGAGAAGGGUAAAAUGGAGCAUUCAGUUGCUCAGCCUAUGCCCAUUGUUAAGGAGACCCUCUUAAAGAGGAAGUAUGAAAUGGUUGAACAUCCCAUGAUCACAUUGGAAGAAGACAACAAAGGGAAAAUCGAUAAGAACCCCAAGAAGAAAACUCGUGUUUCAAGAGUUGCAGUUGAUAAAAACAAGAAGAUUUCACUACCAAAGAAGAACCAAAAGAAUUCCUUUGACAACGACGAGGAAGAUGGCAAAGAGAAUCAUAAACGUUAUGAAAAAAUUGCCAACAAUGGAAGAGGCAAUAAUGUACAAAGUUCAAGUUCUUGUAGCUCCGAGGAUGAUUCAAAUGCCUCUCAAGAUUUGGAUGGAGGGGCAACAGAGAAAACAAGGGCUGGUAGAGGCGCUGCAACCGAUCCCCAAAGCAUCUAUGCCAGGAAAAGAAGAGAAAGAAUAAAUGAAAGACUUAGAAUCCUUCAAAACCUUGUACCAAAUGGGACAAAAGUUGACAUUAGCACAAUGCUUGAAGAAGCAGUUCAUUAUGUCAAGUUCUUACAGCUUCAAAUUAAGUUGCUUAGCUCGGACGAUAAGUGGAUGUAUGCCCCGAUAGCGUACAAUGGAAUGGAUAUGGGUCUUUACCAAAACAUUUCACAAACCUUAUAA